AUGCGGGGCGGGCGGUGCUGGCUGCUGCUGGCGGCGCUGGGCUGGCUGCUGCCGGCGGGGGCCGCGGCCAGCGGCGAGUACUGCCACGGCUGGCUGGACGGGCAGGGCGGCUGGCGGGACGGCUUCCAGUGCCCCGAGCGCUUCGACGGCGGCGACGCCACCAUCUGCUGCGGCAGCUGCGCCCUCCGCUACUGCUGCUCCAGCGCCGAGGCGCGCCUCGACCAGGGCGCCUGCGACAACGACCGGCGGCAGGGCGGCGGCGAGCCGGGCCGCCCCGGCAAGGACGGCCCCGACGGCGCGGCAGUGCCCAUCUACGUGCCGUUCCUUAUCGUUGGAUCUGUAUUUGUCGCCUUCAUCAUCUUGGGGUCGCUGGUGGCAGCUUGCUGCUGCAGAUGCCUGCGGCCGAAGCAGGAGCCGCAGCAGAGCCGAGCCCCCGGGGGCACCCGCCUGAUGGAGACGAUCCCCAUGAUCCCAAGUGCCAGCACCUCCCGGGGCUCCUCCUCCCGCCAGUCGAGCACCGCCGCCAGCUCCAGCUCCAGCGCCAACUCGGGGGCCAGAGCCCCCCCGACCAGGUCCCAGACCAACUGCUGUUUGCCAGAAGGGACCAUGAAUAACGUCUACGUCAACAUGCCGACGAACUUCUCGGUGCUGAACUGCCAGCAGGCUACGCAGAUCGUGCCGCACCAGGGGCAGUACCUGCACCCCCAGUACGUGGGCUACGCUGUGCAGCACGACUCGAUGCCGCUGACCCCGGUGCCCCCCUUCCUCGACGGUUUGCAGAGCGGCUACAGGCAGAUCCAGUCUCCCUACCCGCACACCAACAGCGAACAGAAGAUGUACCCAGCUGUGACUGUGUAGCACCGACGCCUUCCUCCCCCUCCCCACCCGGCAGAUUUUAAUGUCGUCUAAACUGAACGGAGGAGAAAUACUUCCUCGGAACGAAGCUCCCAGAACAUGACUUGUAAAUAAUUUUGAAAGGCUCAUGCAUGUCAGACAGUGUUUAUAAACCAUUUAUUUUCAUCGGGGUCCCUUGCCAGAAACUGUAGGAUGAUAUCUCUGAAUUAACGUUGCCAGAUACGCUCUCAUUCCAGUGCAUGAUUUACAGCGGCAAAGGAUUACGCUGAAAAUGCAUAUGUAUUUCAGAUCACUGUACUUGCGAGAUAAAUGCCGGAGCCGUUAAGUGCCCUUCAGGUAUGACAUGGUCAGAAGUAUUUGCCUAAUUAAUUUGUAGAAAGAGUUUUGUUACACUGUACAAGACCGCAGUACUUAAGAAACCUCUUUUCUCCUCUCCCAGCUCCUUAAUGACAUUUCCCGUUGCUUUACAGACAAUCAUCACAACCGAGUGCCGAACGGUGCGAUCCCUGUGUGCUGGGUGCUGGUGCCAGCCCCCCUGGUGUGGGGUGAAAUGCCACGAAAGGCUUAGUCUUGCAAAGACCAAUUUUCCUUGUCCCUGGUAUUUAUGUAGGAAUUAGAAGAGUGUGAAUUAUUCGGCUCUUCCUUCCAGUGCACUUGAAACCCUUCUUGAUUUGGUUUUGCCUCAAGAUCAGGACCCAGUGGUGGUUUGCACAGACUUUAUCUUUGUGAACUUUUUACUAAAAACAGGGUACGAGGUGCUUGCUCUUCCUGAUGCUCAAAACAAAGCUUUCGGUACAGCUAGCAGCAUCUGAGCUGAAACUGCCUUUGCAGAGAAAGGUCGUACUGUGACUCCAAACACGCCUGAUUUAACCCCACUUCCCAUGAAACAGUAAACCCGUGUGAGUGCGCACGAAGUUGUCAGCCCCAAACCCUACAUGCGAUCGAGUCUGACCGUAGGAAAGUGGGCUUUGUCCCCCCACCAGCCAACUUGAGUCCCCAGCCCUGCUCCUUCUUCACUCCUGGGGCAGGGGCCUAGGAAGGCACAGCUGUAUUUAAAAAUAAGGAAAAAGGCCCAACCAAAGGAUGAAGGUGCUUGCAGCUCCCCGGGAUGCCACGGGGGUCUGGGAGGAGGUGCGAUGCGGAGGCGGGGGGACACUUUGCACUGGAGCCGCUGGCUCCGUCUUGCUUUUCUUUGUCUGGGGAAAAAUACCUCUCCAGGUUGAAGAGGCAGCAGUGUGCUGGGAAUAAUCAGACCGUGCUAACUGUAAUAUAUCACCCCGGAUGCAACAAACUAUUUAAGGCUGGUUUUGUCUUUUAAAAAACUGUAGUCUCUGCAUUUCCAUCCAGUUGUUCUUCAGCCAAAACACCGCAACAGAGGACCGAGGGCAUAUACCAAAACCGGGCAAUUACUGUAACCAGACCAGAGCUGAUAAAAGGUUUCUUAUUGUCUGAUACUGUAUCAGUAUGUAGCAAUAACUGUGAUACUACUAUUUUUUGUAUGUCUGUUUUUAAAUUACACAUGCGUGCAGAAGCAUUGCCAAAUCCAAUGGUUUACUUGUAAACAUGCCACACACAGGCAGUCUGCGGUGGGCAGGAAUGGUUUGACCACUGACAGAGGAAAAUGAAUAGGUAAUUUGUGCCAGAUCUGCUGUUCCUGGCUGCGAUCGCCCAUUCAGCAUGUAGGACCCAGACAGAAAGAUUGGCUCACGAGACCCGGCUUCUCCUCCAGCCAGGCUGGGCGGCUUCGGCAAGGCAGCGACCGGCUGCUGGGGGCGUUGGGUGACUGCUCUGCCCGCACAGCUCCGUGCUCAGCGGAUCUUUAAAGGCAGUAGGUGCACCAGAGCUGGGUGCUGCCAGGCUUCUGAAGGACCCAACGUGCACUCGGGUCUCGCGGGCAUUUAGGUUUCUACCUGCCCACAUUGCAGCUUGGUCACGCUGACCUUCCAAAACUGAGUUGGCAUCGGGUGCGGGGGCUCGGAUGCCUUCAGCUGCUGGUGGCUUCGGCAGGAGCUGGAGGUGCUUGGCCCCAGGUGAGACCCAACCUGUUAUUGUGUGGCCAGACAAGAAGCCCAUCCAUGUGUUCGUGAUCCUUCCCAACUGUGAACCAAGUCGGCUCUCGCCCGUGCCCCACCAGUGCGCACCGCCUGCCUUGCACAUGCCCUGGCAAGGCACCUCCUCUGACCUAUGAAAUUCAGGUGAAUCUCUUUGUAUAUUGUUUACUUGUUUAAAAAAAAAAAAAAGAAUAAGUUAAAUUUAAGUCUGUAGAAAUUAAUUUACAACUGAAGGCAGAGAAACCCGAGUUGUAAUAAAAGGAAGUUUGUGAGAUGUGGUGGUUUUUUUAAAUGUCAUGUACAAUAAUGUAAAACCAAUGUUACCAUUUGAUAUAGCUUUUAAAUCUCUGAAAGGGCACUUGCUUUAAAGUGUUUCUUACAAAUGAAGAAAAAAGCCCCCUUUGUUUCUUAAUAAAUA